AUGGCUAAGUGUGAAUUCUUUAAGACCGAGAUCAAGUACCUUGGGCAUGUCAUUUCAGCAGAGGGUAUUGUAGUGGAUCCCUCUAAGAUCCAAGCUAUUCUUGAGUGGCCUACACCUACUAAUGUAUCAGAGGUUCACAAUUUUAUGGGUUUGGUAGGUUAUUAUCGAAGGUUUGCUCGGGGGUUCUCUAUGAUUUCUCAUCCCAUCACUUCCCUGCAGAGAAAAGGGAAGAAAUUUGUUUGGUCAGAGAAGUGUCAAGAAGCCUUUCAUAAUCUUAAGGAGAAGUUGAUUAGUGCACCUAUUCUGGCAGUUCCUGAUCCAUCUGGUGAUUUCUUGGUUUGUACAGAUGCGUCAUUGGAAGGUUUAGGUGUGGUGUUGAUGUGGGAUGGGAGAGUGAUUUCUUAUGAGUACUGUAAAAUUUAA